GGCAUUUUCUUUAUGAUUCCCAUUGAAAACAUCAGCCGCAGCGUCACCAACUCUUGAAUUCCACUCCUAAACGCUGAAAUCUAAGAGCAACAGAAUAGGAAAAAUUAAGGAAAUCAAACCAGAAAAAGAUGGGAUCAGAGGGGCGAAAAUCUGUCAUUAUUAAUGUAACUGGAUUUAAGAAAUUUGAGGGAGUUGCGGAGAAUCCAACUGAGACAAUAGUAAAUAAUUUGAGGAAUUAUGUGGCUACCGCAGGAUUACUGCCUCCUGGUAUUAAUUUGAGAAUUUGCAUGGUUCUUGAAACUGCCGGAGAUGGCGCAAUUUCCACCUUUUACAAGGUCAUGCAGUCCGGGAUAUCGACAGGAUCCCGUCUUGACAACGAAAAGAUUGUAUGGCUUCAUCUGGGCGUGAAUAAUGGGGGACUGAAUUUUUCCAUUGAGCGUCAGGCAGUAAAUGAAGCCAGUUUUUGUUGUCCUGAUGAGCUCGGGUGGCAACCUCAGCAACUGCCUAUAAUUCUUGGAGAUGGAGGAAUACAUCAGAUAAGAAGGACAUCUUGCCCUAUUGAGGCAAUCCAAGAGUUGUUGAGAAGGAAGGGAUUUGAUGUGACAAUAUCCAACGAUGCAGGUCGUUUUGUAUGCAACUUUGUGUACUAUCACUCCCUCCGGUAUGCAGAACAGAAAGGCCAUAACUGUCUGUUUGUUCAUCUCCCGCCCUUCUCUAGAAUUGACGAGGCAAACCAAAUGCAAUUCAUUUUAGCCCUUCUGGAGGCCAUUGCAUCAACUUGUUGAUUUCUUUCUUGUAGUUGAGUGAGAAUGAUAGUUUUUCAUCUUUAACUUUUGUAAAUAUAUCUUGUUCUUCUUUGAUGAAUAAAAUAAACUCCUCCUGAAUAUGUACACAACCAGGGGGUCACAGUUGAAUUUACAAUUUAAA